AUGUCGUGGGCCCCCAGCAGCCGGGGUGGUGGAGGCAGCACGCCUUCACCAAAUGUCAAUAACUCGCUGCAACGCAUCCAAGGCAUGGGAAAACUCGUUGGGCUUCAAACCCCAAAUCAGCAGCUCCUGCCUGCGGGCGCCGUUAAGCAGCGAUUCCUCGGGUCGCAAGGGACAUCGAGUAAUGUAGAUUGCACUCCCAUCCAACAGGGCUAUUGGAAUAGGCAGAAGGGGCUUCGCUCUCCUCUUCCUCUCCAAGGUAGUGCGACCGAGGCGGUUCAUAUUCCUCCGCAUCGAAGGCCUUCCAAAGAUGUCGUGCAUUCUCCUCCUGCUCAGUAUCAAACGCCUGUGCAGGAAGUUGUUCGCGCUCCCUCUAACCAAACACCUGAGAUCGUUGAUUCGGAAGGGACAGAUGACUUUGAACAUAGCUCCGUGGGCACUUGGAACUCACCUAAGGAGCAGUCAAUCGGUAACAACUCGUCGGAAUUUGCAGGUGCUCCCUUGCCAGCACCCUUGCAUAUCAUCCAAGCUGCUGCCACUUCAACCGCCCUCGUUCUCCAAGAGCGAUCCUUCAGCACCGCAUCCAUGGCGCUGAGUGCUGUUCCACUAUCUUCAGAUGAAAUGGCCGCAUGGAAUACUCCUCGACCAUAUGAUCAUGACAACGAUGACGAUAUGGCCCUUGUCCAGGUCAAUCCGAAUUCAUUGACAGCCGUGGAGAAGUGGGAGACACAGCAAGAAAGCUAUCCCAUCUUUAACCUUACCGAAAGCCGUCACCCUCGGGUGGAUGAUUGUGAUAUCAAUCCUGCAACUGGCAAGCUAAUCCCUCCACCGCGAUACAUCAAGAUUCAGAAAGACACCCAGGCCAGGCACAACUGGCGCCGCGCGGUGACCAAUUCUGAAGGCUAUAUCGCCCGCGAGCUGGAUUUGCGCAAAACUAAGAAGGAAGAGAUUGAGCGUAAAAAAGAGGAACAGAAGUAUGCAAACAUGACGCACGAGGAAGACAAAUGGCCUGAUGCAGAUUGCACUCUUCGGCCCGUCCAGCCUGAGGACUUCCAGGGCAUCGCAAACAUCAUCAAUAAUGAGAUGCAGCGAGAAGGUUCGCAGGUCUACCUACCCAAAGUUAACUGUGCACAUAUUGCUGAACUGUACAACGCUUGCACGUCGAACCGUCGCCCUUUCAUUGUGGCGAUUGAAUCUCCUUGCGAGAUAGCCAACCGUUCUGGAUGGUCUAAGGCCGACGAAAAGCGUUAUCAGAAGCUCCUUGGAUAUAUGAAAUCCCACGGAGCGUCAGAGAUCCCAACCAUCCUUGGCUUUGCCUUUGUCGACGAUUCUCGACAGGAUUUUCUAGGCCAUGCAUGCCAGGGAGCCAGAUUUUCUGGGCAGAUCAAGCUCAUCGUUGACCCAGAGCAUCGCCGAAUGCUCGUCGGGUCGGCACUGCUGGACAGAAUUUUGUUGUCCACGUCUAUAUACCAUCGUAGUCUUGUGGACUACAACUGGGAUUGCUCGGAGCCCCGAAAGACGUACGAAGAAAUUCCUGCACACAAUAAACGAAAGUACAGCAAGCUGUACUUGGAAACACUCUUUGAUGGCGAGGGCGAUUCUCGCAUUGAGUGGACGACACGUCUGCUCGAGAAGUACGAUUUUGCGAAGGUUGCGAAUUUCAAGGAAGCUGUUAAGCAUGGAAACCAUCCAGGCGUCUGGAAAGACAUAGUUGUAUGGGAACAUGAGGCACGCCCAGCUUCAGAAAUUGUGGAGGAAGAGAAGCAUUGA